UUGCAGCUUGUCAACGCAUCUUUCUCAGUCGCCACCGGAUGGGAGGAGUGGAAGAGGAUAGAUGUGUUAGAGUAGGCAGGAGAGAAAGAAAGAAAGAAAGAGCGAGUGGUUAAGAAAUAAAGGUGUAGCCUGAUCUACCGAGACAUUCAAACGAGGGGGGCUUAUUUAUAUUAAGGCUUUUGCUUUUUAUUUUCAGCAAGCGAGCGGGGAAAUUAUUCACUUGUUCCUGACGCGUAAGGCUACCCCUGUACGCCUUUGGGCAUCACCGCCGAUAAAGGAUGAUAGGCUUGAUUAUAUAGCGUAAAUUAAUAGCAAAGUAUCCUUGCAAUCCACAGUGAAGAAAGAUCAGGAGGGCAAACUAUGAUCCGAGGAUGAUUUCUGCUAAGAAAACUCCGGAGAAGAGUCGUUAUCCUAUCCACUAUUUGGUGUGGCACAACAAACACCGACAGCUGGAGAAAGAGCUGGCAACGAACGAGCAGACUGAUUUAGAAUCUCUGGACCCUCGUGGCCGGACUCCUCUCCACCUGGCUGUCACGUUGGGCUACCUGGACUGUGCCAGAGUCCUGCUGCAGCAAGGAGCUGACGUUAGCAAGGAGAACCGCAAUGGAUGGACCGUUCUUCAGGAGGCGGUGAGUACCAGAGAUCCAGAGCUGGUGCGUCUCGUGCUUCGUUACCGUGACUACCAGAGGACUGCCAGGAGACUGGCGGGCAUCCCCGUCCUGCUGGAGCGACUGCGCCAAGCCCAGGACUUCUAUGUGGAGAUGAAAUGGGAGUUCACCAGCUGGGUGCCCUUGGUCUCCCGUAUCUGCCCGAGCGACACCUACAGAGUUUGGAAAAGUGGUCAGUGUCUCCGCGUUGACACCACCCUCAUGGGCUUUGAACAAAUGACCUGGCAGAGAGGAAACCGGAGCUUUAUUUUCAGGGGACAAGACUCCAGCGCCGAGGUGAUGGAGGUCGACCAUGACAGGCAGCUGGUGUUCCGCGAGACUUUGUGCGUCUCAUCGCUCACAGCGCUCUCACCUGGCCGGGUUAAUGGCGGUGCCUGCAGCAGCACAGCCGCCGGCUUGGGCCUUCUGGGGGCGGUGCAGCCCAGUGACGAGCAGGUAGCAGCCAGGCUGUCUGCCCCUGUGGUGACCACUCAGCUGGACACACGCAACAUUGCCUUUGAGAGGAACAAGACGGGCAUACUGGGCUGGAGGAGCGAGAAGACCGAGACAGUGAAUGGAUAUGAAGCCAAGGUGUAUGCAGCAUCCAAUGUGGAGCUGAUCACCAGGACCAGAACUGACCAUCUGUCAGACCAGAACAAGAACAAGACAAAAGGUGGGAAGACUCCACUGCAGAACUUCCUGGGGAUUGCCGAGCAACACAUGGGGCCCAACAACGGGGCCCUGGUGACCCAGAUGUCAUGUCCCGCAGUGACCAACCCUGCGGCACUGACGGCAGAGGAAUACUUCAACCCUGGCUCGUCACCGAAUCAGAGGGACAUCGGCCACCCGUGCCAGCUCACCACCAAGACCCAGAGGUUUAAAGCCAAGUUGUGGUUGUGUGAGUCCCAUCCCCUGUCCCUGACAGAACAAGUGGUGCCUAUCAUCGAUCUCAUGGCGAUCUCGAACGCCCUGUUUGCUAAGCUGCGUGACUUCAUCACUCUGCGCUUGCCGCCUGGCUUCCCUGUCAAGAUCGAGAUCCCUCUCUACCACAUCUUAAAUGCCAGGAUCACCUUCAGCAACCUGAACGGCUGCGAGGAGGGGACGGGUGUCCGUGCUGACAAUGAAGUUGGGAUGGAGGGGGACGGACAGAGGGACACCCCGAGGACAGACACUCCAUCACCGGGAAGUGACUCCUCCAGCGUCUCCAGCUCCAGCUCUACCAUGUCAUGUCGAGCCGGAGAGAUUCCCCCAUGUGUGUUUGAGGCCCCGCCUGGAUACACCAUGCUAGGAGGCAAACAGAGAGACAGCAUGAGGGAGGAGGAGGAGGACCUGCUGCAGUUCGCCAUACAGCAGAGUCUGCUGGAGGCCGGCUCCGAAUAUGAUCAGGUAACCAUCUGGGAGGCGCUGACCAAUAGCAAGCCAGGAACACACCCCCUGUCCUGUGACCCAAGUCGCUUGGAGAGGACCCCCCAGCACAAGCCCCGUCCCCCCUCCAGUCUCUGCUCCACCCCCUCCAAGAAGAAGCCCACCACCUGCAGCUACAACGAGCAGCUGCGCAUCGCCAUGGAGAUCUCAGCUCGAGAGCAGGAAGAGGCAGAGCUUCGGCGGCGGCAGGAAGAAGAGGAGCUACAGCGCAUCAUCCAGCUGUCACUCAUGGAGAAAUGAGAGCUGGGUGGCCCAGCAGGGGUCUGAAGGGAGGGGUCUAGAUGAAGGCCACGUGGGAGAAAAAGGCAGCACGGGGUGACUUUAAAACUUAAAGCACACCCUGUAAGUGGCUGGAAAUAUACGCCUGAUUUAUCUUUGUGGUUUCAUACGAUCAAAUCGCCUCCUCCUUUCUCUCCCAUCGCCUUAGCCAGACCUUUCCCAUGAAGCCAUACGGUUGAUGCGGCUGUCCGGCAUCCGACAGCCAGAGAGGGACAACAGUUUCCUCCUUCUGGUGCCACAUGAUACUUUCUUGACCAGUGCCAGUUUACAACAAUACAUCCAAUACAACAAGUUUAGUGGAAUGCCUCCUUGGAUGAGUGAUUUGUCUGUCUGUCUGCGGGUAUGAGCGUAUAUCUGUGUGUGUGUGUGUGCUUGUGUGUGUGUCUGUGUGUGUUUCAAAACCAGCUCUCUGCACAAGGGGGGUCAACAGAUCACCUUCUGUCCUGAUAAAGUAGUGUGUUAGACCAACUCUCUGCUCCAGCACUAACACACACACACUCACUGAGUCCUUCUUGCCACUGAGUUACGUGGCUUCGAGUCUUAACUGUGAUUAAAAAAAACAACAACAACAACAAAAAAACAAAAACAACAAAAAAAACAGCUUGUGUGAAAGGAGCAGUGACAAGCCAGGAGCAGUGGUUGUGGAGAAUACCGUAACUUUCUUGAUCAAGUUGAGUUGAAUGUCGACAAACCAUCCGACUUCCUCAGUUUUUAUUGAAAACAAUGUAAAAAUUGAAAAAAAAAAGACUGGUACAUUUUAUUUGAUUUGCACAAAAUCCAGAUGUACUGUACUUAGCUUGUGGGUGGAUCACGUAUAUGACUGUUAAUGGAUGUAGAUGAAGAGUUUGAGCACAAACUACACUCAGGCCAGUUCUAGUUUUAGCCUGACGUUAGACUGCAGGAGCACAGAUGUGAUGAGAUACGAUGACGACUCGGUGUACUAACUAACCUGUAUGUGACUGUGAAUAAGGCCUGUGUGUAAUACAAACAUUAAAGGGACAUGAUAGUGGUUUGUAAGUGGAUUGUGGAAUAGAAAUGUUACUAAAAAAAAGAGAUUUUCUGUAUAUUUGCAUCUUCUCACCUUACAUGAGCGGAUGAUUUCUGUAUUUCUGUGUAGUCACGGUACGGUAUGUGUACAAUAUUUCAGCAUGGUCUUGCACCCGUGUGAGGUUCAUUUUUUUGUCCGACUUGAGUCUUAGCGAGGAGAACUGCAAUAUCAGAGCACACACGCUCUCUGAAGGGGGAAGAUGUACCUGCAGUUUGAUAGCAAGUUGGUUACACAACAAAACAAGCUGAAAACUAAAAGUCGUCCCAAAAAAAACAACAAAUGCGAACGAGUCAUUUCUUGGAUUGGAAAGAUUGUUCAAAUCCCAGCUCUCAUAAUUGAAAGUAACUUCAUAUUGCAGGGCUCAAGGCAAGCCAAACACUGAGAAUCAUGUUUUUGUCGCAAAGGGGCAAAGACGGAAAUAAACAGCUUGUUUUUCCCUUUACUUUUUUAAAUUUCUUUGAAAGAAAUGUAAAAUUUUGACACUUCAAUAUCAGCACAAACUGAGGAGAGCCACCUCUGACUCCUCUUCUAAUUCAUAGUUAAAGCUUGCCUGAUUGAUAACAAAAAAAAAAAAAAAAAAUUCAUUUUUUUACUUUUUAAAAAAUGUUGCAGAAAAGAGAUGCAGCCAGAUGUUUUCAUGGUGUGUGCUAGGAAGUGAGAUAAUGAUUCAAAUAAAGAAACAUCUUUUGGAGCAGCAA